AUGUCUUUUCUCAGUCCUUCACACUCUUCCAGAGUGUCUAGUCAUGAGUGUGAGGGCAGUGAUGGGCCUAGUCAUCAUAUGACUGUGGAUACACUUGAACCUGCUCCAGUCCUUGAUAUGAUGACUGGUAGAACUUUCAGUCAGCAUAUCCCGCAAACCAAACGUGCAAGGUCACCAUCAUCAGACGAAACCGACAGUGACAUAAACGAACCUGUAACCGCUCCCCCGAUAAUCCACCAUCUAUCUCAUUUUGUCAAGCAUGCAAAAUCAAACCCCAAGCCCUACAAGAGAGAUGGGCCUGCCAGAUCGGAGCACCGCUUUUUCAACAAUCAGUUGCAUCACAAUGACUCAAUGAGUCAGGAAGAUGCUGAGAAGAGCAAAGAUGUGCUCAAGUGUUGCCUGAGAAGGUUGUCUCCUGGGGCUGCAGCUCAAGCUGUCGCUAUGAUGCAUACUGACAUUGAAUGGAGUGAGGAGCACUUUAAGUUCCUUCACAUGGUUCUGGAGGAUGAGGGGGAAGAAUACACAAACACUUCCCAGGAGCCUCUUGGAACAUCAGUCCAGGAACUCAUAAGAGUUAGUGAGAUUGAUAUCAAGGAACAGAUAGACUGCGGUGUCGCAGCAUACAGCAACAAUAUUGUAUUGUUCUCUGUUGGGGAUACUCAGCUAGAUUAUCUUGAAAAUACUCCUGAUGACCAGCUCAAAGUCACAGAUAAUAGCAACUCUGACGACUCGGGCAUUGCUCUUACAAACUCAGAAGAAGACCGGUUCCGAACAACCUUCAAGUUGGGAAAUCCUGCUGAUCCAAACGAGAUUCUAUGGCACUUCAGAAGUUCAGUUGAGUGCAUUCGGUAUCACGUCCGGGAUGCCGAGCUUGAAGAUUUGACUACCAGUUGGGAUACGAAGGAUCACAGUCAAAAAUUCCCCCUCCCUCCACUCACUGCUCGCAAGUCAUUAUCAAUCAGACUCUCUGGUAAUGGAUACAUCAGAUUUUGGAUGGCAGACACAUGGGUCACUCCAAAUCAGGCCAACUUCAAGUCGAGCAGUCACAGCCUGGACUCAGUUUUCCAGCAGGCAGAUACGGACAUACUCCAGAUAACCUACACGCCACCUUCAGUCACGGUGAUGCCUUCUGCCACACUCACAAUCUUCAAGUCCAUGCAGGACCCAGUGCAGGUCAUCACAAUUAUGAUGGCUACCCAAAACCCAAGGCAACGUCGACUUUGGAUUGGAGCAGCCAGUCCAGCAGUAUGGUCCUGGUUCCCAAUUCUCUGUCGCAGCAUAUGCUCCGAGUUAAUUCAACACGGUAACUACUUGAUGCCCUCGGGUAGCAGCCAACAGGGCGUGCAAACGAUGCUGCUGGUUUCUUUCCCAGGGCAUCAUGUGGACGGCCAUUACGAUGGCAGUCACAACUAUGACUCCAACUUGAACGUAACUACUUGGUGCCCUCAGGUAGCAGCCAGCAGGGACACGAUGCGGAUGGCCAUUACAACAGGCGGUCACAACUAUAAUUUUACUGUAUCACAUGGCAUGAACAAUCCUCCUCCCCUUCCUGAUACCCACCAUUCUGUGGUAUCCCACAGCUCAAACAACUCUCAGCCCGCCAUGUCUAACGACAUCUACUACUUUAUGAGAUUCAACAACUCAAACCUUCAGGCCCCUCUUGACCCCAUACCUGAAGUGACAAGAAAGUUGAUCCAUGGUAGGCAUACCUCCCGCAAAACUAAAACUGCCGCCUCUACCCAGACGAAGUUCCUCAAGUCCAAAUAUGUCACCCAGGAAUCACCUCUGUCCACAGAACAUGUGUCCUCAUUGUUUGUCUUUUUAACACCGACAUUACUCCAGGAUUUCAAAGGGGACGUUCAGACCGACAUGUUUAAGAAGCUGUUCAAAGACAAUCUCUUUCCAUCUCCAACUGAACUUUCCACCAUUGCCAACGACACAUUAGAUGCAACAAUUGUGUGCUAUACCACUCAGAACACCGAUCACGGGCAUGAGCUCACCCAUUGGAAAUCAGGCUCAGAUGCUAAGAAGCUUCUUACGAGGCUCAAAGGAGUACUGAAAAAGAUACACGGCAACUUCGAGGAAAUCACCAGUAUCUCUUGGAUAUCAGCCUAUGACUUGAGCCUUGAUCUAUCCCUUUCAAGAGACGAAAUGCAAGCAGUGCGGGUUGCAAAUAUGACAUCCCUGCUAUCUGACUUUCUAUUUGCAGACAAAAUUGUUGAGUCUUGGAUACCCCCCCUUACCAAUGCCAUCGCCCUUGCAGUAACCUCGCGUGCUUGGUCAUUGAAAAAAGCUUUAGCGGGUCCUUGGUCUGCAACUUUCGACCUUGGCAGUGAGGAGAACAAGGUCUAUUACAUAUCCACAAAGUCUCGUCUAUGCAUGUUGCCCGAGGAUGAACACUUGAGAUUUGACACAUUGUUGAUUAACAUGUGUCGUGCACUAUGGUAA